CGCAGCUCCGCCUAUGCUUCUUGUUUUGACUGAACCUUGACCAAAGAAUCGAACUUUGUCAUCUUAGAAACAUGCCGUUUUAAUUAUGCAAUUUCGAGCCUUAAGCCUCGGUAAAUCCACCGUUAUUUGGAUGCUUAUGCCCACCUGACCACCACUGCCGGGGCCAAGAAGCUGAAGGGGAAGAACUAGCACCUGAACGAAUCACCCUCCUCAUCGAAAUCCAAGCUUCCCUUUGAUUGGACACGGCAAAGUUAGUCUUUUUGAGCUUUUCAACCUCCGAAAUGUCACCUCGAUCCCCACAAAAUCUCCUGCUAUUUCUUGGGAAAUUCUCUCACUUUCAGCUCAGAAUCCAUGGAGCUGAUAAGGGUUGAUUACUUCGCUUGAAUUUCUCCAUUUGACCCCCGACUUCUUCUUCUUCUUCUUCUUCUUCUUCGUCCUGAUUCAGUCUUGCCCCUUCAAUGGCCGCCUCAUUGUCAGCAGCUCUCUCAUUCACCUCCACCAACAAAACCCACCUGAGGAAACUCCCUCACACCCCUCUCCGGCCUCUCGACGCCUUCCACGUUGCCUUCUGUAACCCAGCUCCGUCUUCGAACUCCCCGGUCUCCCAUUCCACAAUCCGUCCCCUUCUAUCCACGCCCCGCUUCCCUCGCUUCCCCAACAAAGCCUCCACCGCCGGAGAUGACUUCUCCGGCGACGAGACCCUUCCAUCGCUCUUCGAGGAGCAUCAGCCCGUCAAGCUCCUAUUGUGGGCCGUGGUCUGGGCGUCCUUGUCCCUAGCUUGGUUUGCGGCUUCUGGGGACGCAAAUGCUGCCGUUGACUCCAUCAGGGCGUCCAGCUUCGGGCUCAAGUUCGCGGCCAAGUUGCGGAGCUUGGGGUGGCCUGACGAGGCUGUGGUCUUCGCCCUCGCCACGCUGCCCGUGAUCGAGCUCCGUGGAGCUAUACCUGUCGGUUACUGGAUGCAGCUCAAGCCGGUGGUCCUUACAGUGCUAUCUGUUCUUGGAAACAUGGUGCCUGUGCCCUUCAUUAUACUGUACCUAAAGAAACUUGCAACCUUCCUUGCCGGGAGGAAUCGUUAUGCGUCUCGGGUACUCGACAUGCUAUUCAAGAGGGCCAAGGAGAAAGCAGGUCCGGUGGAAGAGUUCCAGUGGCUUGGGCUCAUGCUUUUCGUGGCGGUUCCUUUCCCUGGAACUGGAGCUUGGACAGGAGCCAUCAUAGCGUCGAUUCUUGACAUGCCCUUUUGGCCCGCGAUGAGCGCAAACUUCUUUGGAGUUGUGCUUGCUGGGCUCCUUGUGAAUCUGCUGGUGAAUCUCGGCCUUAAAUAUGCCAUUCUUACGGGUAUCGCUCUCUUCUUCAUUUCCACUUUCAUGUGGAGCAUCCUCCGGAGUCUUAGGAAGUCUCUGAGCUCCCCAAGUUGAUGUAUGAAAGCAUAUCAGCUUCUAUAACAUGUAAAACGAAUGAUUCAAGGAAAAAAUAAGAUGAGCUUUGCCUACUCAUUUAGGUUAAGAAGAUCGCUUUAUUGCAAUCUCGGAGGACAUGCCACAUAUUUAUGGAUUACCAUGUUUUCAAGCUAGGCUACUACUUGUGAUUGUGGUUUUAAAUCUCUUCUGCCGGUUUAUAUUGACACCGAAAUCAUAUAUGUGGUUAUAAACUAAACCUUGUUCUACAAUGGGAGAGAAUCAGUUUUUCUU